AUGACGGACGAUACCCGUGCGGCUUCAUCUUGCCGCUUUUCAACACGCAUCUCGCUACGAUGGCUCCCAGAGCCUGCCCACGAGACAACGGACACAAUCGUCAUGUCUGUGAAGGACUGGUACCUUGAUCUACGAAUGGAUCUAAGAUCUCACCAAAUCGACUGGGCGAUCGCAGGUCAAAGAAUAGUUGAGAGCCAAGAACCACUCCGGGUGUCAUUCACCCACGAACUGGACUCGCACGAUGCAUUCGAGAGUGCUGAUUGUGGCACAUUUGUCACGCUUCCGAAUGGAGAUGACCUUGAGACGGGCUCUAUGCCUCGGCCUGAUCUUCCCGGUGCGCCAGAGACUGAAUAUGAGGAAAUUUGGAGGGAACUGCCAUUCCGGGAGGGACCUGAGGGACUGAAGGGGGGUCUGUCAUGGGUUCUCGAGUCCGACGAUAAUGAUUUCAGUCAGCAGGAGGGCGAGGGCGAAGUCACGGUGAUGAAGACAUUCUUGGGUCGGAUCUGGGGAACUUAUUUGGCGUUGCAACAGAAGCAGGUGAUUGUUCGGCGAAAGGAUGCAUCUGGCAAGUGGGUUGUGAGUAAGACGGGGACCGAGGUUAGUGCUAGACGGGAGGAAUGGGAGAGCUCCGGGUGGGAAGAACGGUAUGCGGUCGGAGUUGCUAGUGGUGAGCUGGCUUCGAUGAUGACCGGGAUACCCGGCGAAGGAAAGGGGCUCUGGAGGGUACCUGGGGAGCGGGUUGUUGUAAAUGGGAAAUUGUUCAUCGUCCGAGCCUUGGAGGAGAUCUGA